UUUUUGUUACAAAAGCAGGAAUGAAGAUAGACUAGCACCCCCCAGUCCCACUCCCUUAAGUCAAGGCUCAUAUUCUGUAUAAAACGCCAGCUGGCCAGAGACUUCUCACCAGAUCCAAGAGGCCAAGCAACUCGAACUUUCCUGCACACCAGGUUCAGACAUGAGUUCCUACCAGCAGAAGCAGCCCUGCACCCCACCCCCCCAGCCUCAGCAGCAGCAGGAGAAACAGCCCUGCCAGCCUCCACCCCAGGAUCCACGUGUUCCUGUACCCAGAGACCCACACACAAAGGUUCCACAAACUGACAGCACCAAGGUUCCUGGGCCGGUCUACCCCACCAUCCCUCAACCUGGCGACCCCAAGGCACCAGAGCCCUGCCCCACAACGGUUGUUCCAGGCUCAUCCAAGAAGAAGAGCAUGAGUUCCUACCAGCAGAAGCAGCCCUGCACCCCACCCCCCCAGCCUCAGCAGCAGCAGGUGAAACAGCCCUGCCAGCCUCCACCCCAGGAACCAUGUGUCCCCCAAACCAAGGAGCCCUGCCACCCCAAGGUGCCCGAGCCCUGCCACCCCAAGGUUCCAGAGCCUUGUCCCUCACCAGUCAUCCCGGUACCAGCUCAGCAGAAGACCAAGCAGAAGUAAUGGGGUCCACAGCCAAGCUCUUGAGGAACCAACUACUGGAUGCUGAACCCCCACUUCUCCCGUUCUGAUUAUGAGUCCCACUUGCCUUGCAAUCAGCAUGCUGUUACCCUGAGUCACAGACCUUAAUUUACACACUAAAAACAUGCUAGAAGGCACGUUGAGCCUCUAACCCUCUGAAUUAGGCUGAGGGUCUGGGUACCUUAGAACUUUACCUAUCAGCUACUCAGGAUGCAUCUGAAGGGGGACUUGAGGUGAAAACAUGUGGCUCAGCUUUGUUCUUCCCUCAUUAAAUGCAUUUUCAAUUCUAC